GAACUUUGAAAACCAGUAGAGCAUGAACUGACAUAGUAGAAUGAACGUGUAGCGCAGUUGUGCAUGCCGAACCUCUUUCGAGUUCAAUUUGUAAUUCGUUUUGUCAUAGACAGUUCGUGAACUUAUACUUCAAAAGCAAUCGUCGUUUGCGAAUGGACAUGUAUGUAGAAGGAAGGAGGAAGUAGGUCUACAUCGUAUUGUCGGGGUUUCACGCCGUCUGUAUCGGUUGACGUUGAGUUUUACUUUCGGACACAUUACUGGUAUAGGAGUCAUUGUGCGUGUAUUCUUCUAAUCAACACAACCCAAUGGAGUAUCGCGACCUCGUCAGUCAGGACUAGGCCUUGUGAUACCUGGAUUGUUUCAAAUAAGCAUGAUGACGAGAAUGAAGAUGGAGCUUUUUUAUCAGAAGCUGUUGUUCACAACUCCUGUACCUCGCCGUAUUGUCAUCGGACUGCUUUAAUGACCUACAUCGGAAAUGUCGCCAGCACGAGAUAACUGAACUAUCAUUGAUACGGUGGUUGCAUUAAAACCACAAUUUGUUUUUUUUGCAAAACAAUACAGUUUGUUGGAUAUAGCAUGGCGGAAUCAGAAAUGGUUACACUAAAAGAACGAAGUAAACAGAUUGACAGAUACCUCAAGGAUGAGAGGAAAAAAUACAAUGAUUACGUGAAAAACACCAUGAAACUACUGCUGGUUGGCGCUGGAGAGUCAGGAAAGAGCACGAUAGUUAAACAGAUGAAGUUAUUACAUCAAGGUGGAUAUGACAACAGGGAAAGGCAAGAAUUUAUACCCAUAAUACGUGGAAAUCUUCGAGAUGCAAUAUUGACUAUUACUGGUAAUAUGCAAACUCUACAGCCAAGUAUACAUCUCUGCGAUCCCACUCUCAAGCCGUGCCUGGAUUAUAUGCAAGACUAUGCAUCACUUCCAGAUUUCCAAUACACGGAGGAGUUUUAUGACAAGGCAAAGAUGCUAUGGGAGGAUGAAGGUGUGCAGGAGUGUUACGGACGUGCUAAUGAAUAUCAGCUCAUUGACAGUGCCGAAUAUUUUCUUGAUCGUAUUGACGAGAUUCGAGAAGAAGACUAUGUACCUUCCAACCAGGACAUCUUACGAUCAAGAAAGAUUACGACAGGUGUAUUGCAAACCAGUUUUGAAGUCAACAAUGUUCACUUCCAGAUGUUGGACGUUGGUGGCCAAAGAGAUGAGAGAAAAAAGUGGAUCCAAUGCUUUUCAGAUGUGACUGCAUUGAUCUUUGUGGUUGCCUGUAGCAGCUUUGACCUAGUCUUACGUGAAGACCAGAAUAAGAAUCGCUUACAGGAGUCUCUUGAACUCUAUGAAAGACUGUGGAAAAACAGAUUUCUUAGAAGCACCUCAGUAAUUUUGUUUUUGAAUAAGCAAGAUAUCUUGGCCCAGAAGGUAUCCAAGGGUACAUCACUGCUCAGCCACUACUAUGCUGACUACGAACAUUUCGAGCCCCCAGAAACCAUAGAGCCCCCUGAAGGUUGGUGCUGCUUUUCAACAAAGAGAAAGAGAGCAGAACAAAGACGACGAGAAUCAAUGUUCCCUGCACUGAAUAUCAGUGAAAGUAAAGAGUUCUUCAAGGCAAAAAGUUUCAUCAAAGCCAAAUUCCAGGACCUAAGUGUUUGUGACGAAAAAGAGCAUCACUUCAUUAAACACUGCUAUUCUCAUUUCACUAUUGCCGUCAAUUCAGAAAACAUCAGCAUUGUUUUUGAUUCCUGCAAAGACAUGAUACAACGCUUACACCUGACAAAAGCUGGCAUAAUCCGCUAGAUAUCAUUGGAAUGAGGUCUGAAUUCAUCUGUGCUUCAAACCAUGCUACCCCAUAUCCAUGUUGGAGUCCAAGCAUCCAGGACAUGCGAAAACAGCAACAUUCUGUUUGCAGCGACCACCCUUCACAGAAUGUUUGUUUCUAUUAUACUUUUCCUUUCAUUUUAAUAUGACCAUGAGUUUGUUUUAUUAUUUCCAUACAGUGUGGUAUUUCAUCUAGAUGUAUCCUCACUUUUUUGUAAGAUUCAUUUCAUCUACAGGGUGGUUAAAAAAAAAAGGACACCCACAUUUGACAGCAAUUUUCACCUAUUUUUAAAUAUUAUUUUUAACUGUCGAUUAGUAGCUAUU